AUGGAGAUGUGGCGUGUCGUUUUGGUGCUUGCUUUGUCAUCAGCACUAUUGCAUGCAAGCAGUGCACGUAAGGUUCCUGGAGAUGACCAUGUUAGCCGUAAUGAGCAAACCGUGGUUGUGCAUGCAAGUGCACCAACGGCAGAGUCACCUACUGGCCUUGGUGACAAGAAGAACUUGAUAUAUGGCGGCCUUGGUGGGUUUGCUGGGAUGGGAGGAUGGGCUGGAGUUGGCGGUGUGAUGCCUAUUCUUGGUGGAAUUGGUGGUGGGAUUGGCAAAGCUGGUGGAAUUGGAGGUGUUGGGGGAGUAGGAGGUAUUGGAGGUGUUGGUGGUGGUGCUGGCGGUCUCGGCGGUCUUGGGGGGUUAGGUGGUGGUGCUGGUCACGGAGGUCUUGGGGGGUUAGGUGGCGGUACCGGUGGAGUUGGCGGUAUUGGCGGCUUAGGUGGUGCUGGUGGAGCUGGCGGUUUAGGUGGUGUGGGUGGUGUAGGUGGUGCUGCUGGUGGUGGAGCUGGUGGUGGAGCUGGUGGCAUUCUUCCAUGUCCUUGA